AUGACAACUGCACAUCGACCAACUUUUGAACCAGCACGUGGUGGGUCUGGCAGGAAUGAGGGUGAUCUGUCGAAGCUGUCACAGCAGUAUUCAAGCAAGGAUAUGCCGUCACACACGAAACUUAAAUAUCGGCAAAAGGGACAAAGUCAUGCAGAAGAUAUUAAGUCGCGGGAUUUCCGCCGAGAAUUGGAUGAGAAGGAGAAAAAUGUAGGACGUGAACGAAGAAGUCGAGAAACUGGUUGGAAUGCGCAGAAAAAACCAAGACUGGAAGGAAGCUUAGCACCAAAUGUCCAGGACGAAGAUGAUCCAUAUGAUGAUGAUGUUAAUGACAAUUCGGAUGAAGAUGAGGAUGAUGCCGCGGAACUGAUGGCCGAACUGGCUAGAAUCAAAAAGGAAAGAGCACUAGAGAAGGCUCAGCGUGAUGCGGCAUUAGCUGAAGAGCAGGAACGGAUCAGGACCGAAAACAUUCUACGCGGAAAUCCACUACUCAAUUCGGAGGCAUCAGAUUUCAAGGUCAAACGACGAUGGGAUGACGAUGUAGUUUUCAAGAACUGUGCGAAAGGAAUCGAAGAACGCAGGAAAGAACAGGUUUUUAUCAAUGAUGCCAUUCGCUCUGAAUUUCACAAAAAGUUUAUGGAGAAAUAUAUUAAAUGA